GCAAUACUUAUUCAACCUUUUAAGCACUGAGAAUGUGUGUCAAACUUUAAGACACCUGAAAAUAAUGUCUCUGUUUUCUUUUGGUGCCCUCCAGCAACAUUUCAUACAUUCCUUACCUAAGUUUGAGGCUUGACUUUCCGGCAUGGCAGGCCAGAGCAAUCAGAAAGCCUUGCGGCUGCUUAGGGCCCCCUGCUGGCCUGUGUGCCUCAUGAGUGCCUGAAUACAUGCAGGACAGGUGUAUAUGGAAGGAAAACAUUAAAUAUUUGAAAGUCAUUUUAGCAGGGUUGUAUUUUAAUGCUUAUUUAUUAAUUUCUGUAGAAGGUCAUAUUACAACCAUGCUUAGCUCAAACCAAAGGCUUCAAAUGGCUUCUUUCAACCCCAGUGUUUGCUGUCUAACCUUCAGCCUUCAUGUACAAUUUCAGGCUCCAUACAGACCCCGGUACUACCAUGGAGUUCUUCAAAGACUGCUGCAAGAACCUCUCGCAGAGGAACAAGAAGGAACAGGAGACCCAAGUAAUUAAACUGAAGGGGCCUCCCAUGGAGAGAAUGGUCACUGAGGACGUGCCGAAUAAAAGGAUUUGGGGCAAGCAGCCUCCAAGCAGCAGCGAUCCCGUUUGUCGUGCCCCCCUUGACGCCCUCCUACGUUCAACCCCCAGACCGGCAGCGCUCCCUUCUACAGCCUGGACUGCCAGGCUCAGCCAGGACCAUAUUUGCAGAGAGCAAAAAGCUGAGCUGAUAGGCAACAGUUUCAUCCCGUACAACCCUGAGUCCAUCUUUCAUCAGCACAGCAUGUACAUCUCCGACCGGCGAGAUGCACCUAAGAACAACCUUCUAACCCCAGGUUGGACUCCAAAGUCGGGUAAAGAGCAGCGACGGAGCAGCUCAACGCUUGAUCUGGCCAGCCCUUCAGGUCGCACUCAUCGGAUCGACUCCAUAUCCAGCACCAUCAGCAGCACCUCCUCUACAAGGGACCCAAUGGGAAGCAGCCUGGAAUCUGUCGCUUUGUCUGGGGACGAGCAGGAACUGGGGAAGGUCUGUGUCCGGAUAAGAUAUCAGCAGGAUGUGGAGCAGGUGUGGAUCACCCUGGUUCAGUGUUCAGACCUCAGCGUCCAUCCAAAAGAAGAACAGAAGAUUGGCUUCAAAGGCAUCAUCACCGUCCCAAAACCCAUACAGUUCAAGAGCUCACUCAAAGAGUAUCGUCAGGAUGCCACCUUCAUGGAGACCUUCGUGUUUGCGCUGCGUCUGAAGCAGCUGCAGGGCAGCAACCUGAUGCUGCGGCUGCAGACGCACAACCCCAGGACACGUGUUGUGGCCGAUUGUCUCCUCUCCCUCCGUCAGCUCGGUUCUCAGGAGUCGGAGCACUGGCUCGACCUCAAACAGCCUUCCAAAUCCCCGGCGUGUCACUCGGAGCUGCAUCUCAGCACCGUCUUUCAGCCAGUCAGUGGACGCAUCCAGGUGAAGGUCCUCGCAGCCCAAAACCUGCCUCUGUCGUCCUCUCCUCUCUCCCAGGUAUUUUACGUCAAAGCUGAGAUGCAGCAGCUGGGGCAGGGGGGCGUCGUGAUGAAGACCCAAAAACAGAAAGCCUCAAGAGGACAAUGUCGGUGGGAGGAGACCUUCUCCUUCCUGUUGGCGUCCCUGGAGCGCGCCUGCACACUGACCGUCAGGCUCUACAGCCGCACCUCUGUCAGGACGAAACGAUGUCUUGGACAAGUUCGGCUGGGCUUUGACAGUCCUCUCCCAGGAGCCGUGGAUCAGUGGAAGGACACGAUGGCUCACCCAGAGAAAGUGGUGACGGCAUGGCAUCGGCUGAGUCCUCCCUAAACCUGCCGCCUCCCGACUGCUGCGGCUUUCAUUUCAGAAACGGCGGACGGCACCAGUCCAGCUAGCUCUAGCUGGUUUUCUUUUCCCGGUCGACCGGCCCCACUACUGUACGCAGAGUCGAUGUCUACGGACCAGACUGUACACUGCUGUUAACAACCUGGAAGAGGGUCCAAUUGUUCAAGGAUAUGCUGUAAAUAGAGAUUUUUGCACAGUGUAAGCACCGAAGAUAAAAAGGAGAGACAAUCCUGGGAAAGAACGUUGAACAUUUUCUAUGGAAGAUCACUUUUUAGGUCACUUCACUGCUUCUAGUGAGAACUUUGUCCCAGUUCAGUUAGAUCUGCGUUUACAAGUGGGGGGGGGGGGGACUCUUCAAUUUCUGCUAAGCUAUGAGAUCCGGAUAAUGAAGAUCUGCAUUUUUACUGUUGUGUGAAAUUUUUCUGUUUAAAAUAUUUUGAACAAUUGUUGCUUGCUGUCAACAGCGGUUUCCGUUUUGGAGAAUCUGGGAAGGAGUUCUGAUGGGAGAGCGGAGCUGAUUAAAGCUCAGAUCAUGGAAAAGAAGGAAGAGAAAAUAGCCUGAAUAUCCAAAUGCCCAAAACACAACACAAGUGUGAAUGUGUUACCGGCAUGGAAGUUUCAAUAUUUGGGUUGUUUUUAGAUGGUGACAUUUACAGUGCCUUGCAAAAGUAUUCACACCUCUUGAACGUACCAACGUUUGGAUCACGUUACAAGUACAAACUUUAAUGAGCUACUAUGUGACAGACUUACACAAAGGAAAUGCAACCUGGUUUUCAAUCACAAUCUAAAAAGUGUGGCUUGCAUUUUUCAGCACUCUGAAUCGUCUUGUUACUGAAAAGUGCUUUUUAUAUGAACUUGCUUUGCCCACUUUGCAGAACCACAUUUUGCUGCAAUUACAGUUGCAGGCAUUCAGGGGUGCGUCUGGAACAGGUUUGCACAUCCAGAGACUGUAAGGUGUUUGACCUUUUUUCCUUUUCAAAGCAGCUCAAGUACACUGAGAUUGUACAGAGAGCAUCUGUGUGCAUCACCUUUCAGCUCCUGUCUCAAAUUCUUAAUUGGAUUUAUUUAUUUGACUGGGCUAUUCUAAUACACCACUAGGCUUUAAUAUACAUUUUUCCAUUGCAGCUCUGGCUGUAUGUUUAGGCGAACCUGCACAUAAUGUUUGCUUUGCACCACACACGGUGUUCUGCGUCCUGGUAGCUUGCAUGGGAUUUUAUUUAUUAUUAAGUGGGCUGAAUAUAAAUGCUUGCCAAACUAUUCAGACGUUUACUUGGGAAAUUCUUCUUUUACUUGCACUUCAAAACGACGCACCGCAUGGUGUUGCUCUACCCCGUGAAAUCCCAAUAAAAUGCGUUGACGUUUGUAGCUGUAACGUGACAAAAACAUGAAAAGUCUAAGCGGCAUGGAAACUUUUACAAGACGGUGUACAUUUCACUUUUUCUUGCCUGUCUGUUUUGGAGCCGACUCACAGCUGCUCAACGCAGGUCAGCCAUAAGCUACUGAUUCUGAUGCUACCUUCUGUUUGUGUUUAGAUGUCAUUUUUCUCAUAAAGCACUUUAUGUUUA